AUGCGCAGUGCAUGUGUUCAUGAAGAUGAAUCCUCCGCCGUUGUCGAGAACGUCGUCCAAACAUCUUACGGUUGCACCGCCGUCUUUUGGACAUCUUCCUUUCCUACAGUAACAACUCUCCACGUUGGUAGCGCAGUGGCAUCAGCAGCCGGGCCACCUAUAUUCAAGCCACAACCGAAAGCAAAACCACGCAACGAGCAUUAUGGAUACGGUCUUGGUCCAAGAGCGCCUCCAAGGUACCUCCUCUUUCCAGCGCGCGCGAACAUUACAGCCGUUGAGCUCCUAGCAUAUCUCCCGAACAGCGUGCACUGCGGCGAUGUCGUAUACCGCCUGAUUACGAACGGCGCAUCUCCACAUCUGCUGUGCUCAAUAGUAAACACACACCGAGAUCUGUUGGUGGAGUGGAAUCAGAAUACCUGUCGUCAAGCCAUCUAUGAAGCCAUGCACAGAGCAGGAUAUAAGAACUGGCGGUUCAAGGCACACGAGACUUUCCAUGAAGGGAGAAAGUCGACCUGGGACGAGAGCAAUCUGGAUGUCACAGGGGAUCUAGCAUCCGGACCAGGCAGUGCGAAGAAGACACCUGCGAGUGACAUACCAUUCAAGAACCUAGCCAUGGACGUGCGACGUGAACCUCAAGGUUAUGACGCGCUGGAUUUGACACGAAUGGUCGAAUAUUGCGUGAAAAAUCCACACGAACCAUGGUUUUACCCUCGCGACUACGAUGCGGUGUUGCGGCUUGUGGGCGGCGCAGCUCCCAUUCGACACGAACAUAGCGAUCGCCAGGCCUUCAGGCGAUGGACCGAGGUGAGCCCUCCACCACCACUGAGCGCGUCGACAAAUUCCCUGCUUGUAAUAGACGGAAGAAACAAAAAAGGCAGAAGUGGGAACUCGGGUAGCAUCGUAGGAGAUAUAUUAGCAUUGAAUAAACGGAAGGGAACAGACACGCUGUUAACAGCAACUCCAUCAAUGUGCGAGACAGUAGCACCAAAGACACAGCAAGAGAGCAAGAAAACUAAAGGCAGGCUAAAGAGAACAGUAAGGAUUGAAGAAGAGCAAGAUCAAUACCUUCUGGCGACAGCAUAUGUCGCACCUCCAGGAAACGCGAUCAUGCUCUGGGAAGUAGCAACUGAAUCAGGCGACGAAGCAGUUGACUUAGCGUUCGCACGCGGAGGUCAAGUGGGUGAGAGUGGUCCGCAUAGCGCUUAUGCUUUUGGUGGCCCUCGUCGUUCCCCACCAUAUCAACAGCUCUAUCGCAUCGAUCUUCCAGAUCCAGCAGACGUAAGCUCAUGGGCAGAGAAUCUGCGGUGGGCGUUUGCGCAAAACACGCUCUUCCGCUACCCAUGCCGCCCUGAUGCCUGGAACGAAAGUCCGGAACACAUGGAGUGCAUCGUGCAGAUUCGGGGAGAUCGGGGCUGGAAGUCGGAUGAGUUCCUCGCUAAGGAAGAGAAGUAG